GUUCGAUUUACCUCGGAGAUCAACUGUUGUUAAAUCAUGUAUCAGAUAUUCUUUUAGUUCACUUAAAGCGCUACAAUCUAUUUCUAAAGGUGCAUCGGUAAAGUCAGGAACUUUAUGGAGAUGGUAAAAGAAAUUUCAGCUUGUAAGAUAAGACUACGUAUACGAAAAUCUUCAUUGCAAAGUUUAUAGCACGUCUAUGAUAGAAUUUUUUAAAGUCGGUGCAAUCUAUCAUAAAGGCCGAAAGACGUGAUUAUGCUGAUAUACGACGUUAUAUAAAUGACAGUAUUUAACAGUAUGUAGUAAUCAAUUUGAUUAAGAACGUUCGUUAUCGUUUUGAAUAACUAGAUAGCCUUGAUGUUAUCAUAUUUUUUCCUACCGGUUAGUCUUGUUUCUUUCAACUGAAAUAUAUUACAGUAAUAGAAAGAUUUGCCAAUUUUUGGUUAGUGAAUAGAAAAGAGAAUAUGGCAGGAAUUACGUUUGGUAUCUUAAUUGUAAGCGAUAGUCGCUCGGAAGGAUCCAGAAAAGAUGAAGCAGGUCCUGAAUUAAAACGUCUGGUCGGUGACAUAAACACUGAUACAGGAAAAAUACUUAAAGGAAAAGUACUUGAGGAUAAAAUAAUACCAGAUAAGGAAGAAGUUAUAAUGGAAUAUUUGGUAAAAUGGAGUGAUGUACAAAAGUUAGAUGUCAUUUUGACAUCCGGUGGUACUGGUUUUUCCAAUAGAGAUGUUACACCCGAAGCGACAAAAAAAGUUAUCGACAAAGAAGCUCCUGGAAUAGCAACAGCUAUGCUUGUAUCGAGCUUGCAAGUGACACCUAUGGCCGCACUUUCUAGAGCCAUCUGUGGAAUUCGUGGAAAAACAUUAAUCAUUAAUCUACCAGGAUCACCAAAAGCUUUGAAAGAAUGUUUGGUUUCUAUUGCAUCUGUAAUACCACAUGCGAUUGAUUUAAUUUCAAAUAAUCAGGCAGAUGUAGAAAGAGUGCAUGCAUCACACAGCAUUACAAAGACAAAUAACAAUGAUCAUAGUUGUGUUUUACCUUCUACUACAUUGUUACACUUGGAAAAUGUUGCCACGCGUCUCAGGGAAUCACCGUACCCCAUGCUUUCCGUUGAUAAAGCAAGAGAAUUAAUAAAUAAAAAUAUAGAACUCCAAGGAACAGAAAUUGUGACAAUUUGGAAUGCUCAUAACAGAGUUUUAGCUAAUGAUAUAUUUUCUCUUUGCGAUUUACCACCAUUUCGAGCCUCUAUCAAAGAUGGUUAUGCCGUUCUGGCAGAGGAUGGGAAAGGUAGAAGACGAGUUUUAGGUGCUUUAAAAGCAGGAAAUACUGCAGCGUCUAUAUCUUUGAUACCUGGCACUUGUAUAAGAGUAAAUACUGGCGCACCGAUACCCGAUGAUGCAACUGCUGUUGUUCAAGUGGAGGAUACAAAGCUUAUAUUAAAGAACAGCGAUAAUACGGAAGAGAAAGAAAUUGAAAUUUUAACUGUACCAAAGGAGGGACAGGACAUUAGACCUAUUGGUUGUGAUUUAAAAAAAGGAGAGCUCGUAAUUAGAGCGCCAAUAAAGCUUGGAGCAGCAGAGGUAGGACUUUUAGCUGCUUGCGGUUAUAAAGAAGUGAAGGUUUAUAAAGUUCCUAGUGUAGGGGUAUUAUCAACGGGGGAUGAAUUGGAAGAACCAGGGAAUGAUUUAAAGCCAGGAUACGUAUAUGACAGUAAUACGAUAACUUUAAUAUCCAUAUUACGAGAAAAUGGAUAUGAUCCAAAGAAUUUGGGAAUUGUAAAGGACAACAAAGCCAGCAUGGUGGAUGCAAUUAAAAAUGCCUUGGGAAAAGUCGAUGUCCUCGUAACAUCCGGAUCUGUGUCGAUGGGCGAUCGAGAUAUGUUGAAACCUGUACUGGAACAUUAUUUUAAUGCAAAAAUACAUUUUGGACGCGUAAACAUGAAACCUGGUAAACCAACAACUUUUGCAACUUGUAUAUAUAAUGGUAAAAAAAAAUAUUUCAUGUGUCUGCCGGGUAAUCCAGUUUCGGCAACAGUUACUUCGAUUUUAUUUGUUAUACCUUUACUUAACGAAAUGCAUGGUGAUAUUUCGAAACCCGUCAUCAUAAAGACGAAGGUGGAUUCGACUUAUCAAUUGGAUCCUCGUCCGGAAUACGCAAGAGUUAUCUUAACGUGGAAAGACGGAGCAGAUCUUCCAUUGGCCCACAGUACUGGAAAUCAAAUAAGCAGUAAAUUAUUCAGUUGUAAAAAUGCUAAUGCAUUGUUAAUGUUACCAGGGAAAACGGUUGCUAAGACGGCACUGUAUCCGGGUGAAGUCGUAGAAGCGAUACUUCUUAAUCCUAGAACUACGAUGUAAUACCGAAAUAUCUGCAUAUUCCUUAAAUAUUAUUAUCCAUGCUUUACGAUUUUUUACACGAUUUAUAUGGUUUAUAUAAGUAUCUACAUUUUAUUUUAAUAAGAAAAAUUAUUUUUCGAAGA